UUCAAAUUUUAAUAUGUUGCAAAACUAACCAAACAAAAUAAUAGUACUAGUUGAAGAUUUAGGGCGGGAGCUAAGAAAAAGCUUGAGGAACCAAACUUUGCAAUCCCACUUCAACUCCAAAACCAGUUUCGGGAUACUACACAUUGAAAUGGAGAUUCAAGGACACUGAUAUCAUUACUAACUCUGCCUCUGUGCUAUGUUUACAUGUACCCAUCAUUUGCAUGUACCCAUUUUUCAAGCAAACACAGUGUCUUCACUCCUCACUUUCUCAUUGUUCUACACUCCUACACCACUCUUUAUCUCAUAAAUCCUCUAACUUUCUCAAAACCGUCCAUGCCCACUUCCUCAAAUUGGGUCUUAAUACCUAUACAUAUUUGGGUAAUCGCUGUAUCGAUCUUUAUACUGAAUUUGGUCACAUUAAUGAUGCCUUGAAGGUGUUUGAGGAUAUUUCUUAUAAGAACUCCACUUCCUGGAACAUUUGCUUGAAAGGGUUGUUCAAAAGUGGACAAUUUGGCAAGGCCUGCCACAUGUUUGAUGGAAUGCCUCUUAGAGAUGUUGUUAGUUGGAACACUAUGAUUUCGGGUUAUGCUUCAUGUGGGUUUUCUAGUCAUGCCUUGGAGCUUUUUGUUGAAAUGCAAGGUGUUGGUGUGAGACCGAGUGUGUUCACUUUCUCAAUUUUAACAUCGGUUGUGUCGAGUCCUUGUCAUGCUAAGCAGGUUCAUGGUAGGAUGAUUAGAAGUUGGAUGGAUUUGUCUAAUGUGGUGAUUGGAAAUUCGUUGAUAACUAUGUAUGGGAAGUUUGGUCUUGUUGAUUAUUCUUUUGGCGUGAUUUUGACUAUGAAGCAGCUUGAUGUUAUAUCUUGGAAUUCUUUGAUAUGGGCUUGUCAUAGAGCUGGGUGCCAAGAGCUUGCUCUAGAGCAGUUCUGUUGUAUGAGAGCUGCUGAGUUGUUACCUGAUCAGUUUACGUGUUCAACAUUGAUGAGUGUCUGUUCCAGCUUGCGAGAUUUGGAAAAGGGUAAGCAAGUUUUUGCCUUUUGUUUCAAGGUGGGAUUUGUUUAUAAUAGCAUUGUAUCAGGUGCUGCUAUUGACCUCUUUUCCAAAUGCAACAGAUUGGAGGACGCUGUCCGCCACUUUAAAGAACAAGAACAAUGGGAUUCGGCUCUAUGCAAUUCCAUGAUUUCAUGUUAUGCUAGACAUGGUUUGGGGGAAGAUGCUCUUCAGCUCUUUGUGCUGACCUUGAGGAAGAAUAUCAGACCAACGGAAUAUACCGUUAGCUGUCUUCUGAGUUCUGUUUCUAUUUUCUUGCCAGUCGAACUGGGUAAUCAAGUACAUGCUUUGGUUCCUAAGUUGGGUUUCGAAUCAGAUGCAGUUGUUGCCAAUUCACUUGUUGAUAUGUAUGCUAAAUUUGGAUUUAUUGAUGAUGCCUUGAAUAUCUUCAACGAAAUAAAAGCAAAAGAUUUGGUAUCAUGGAACACUAUAAUGAUGGGACUGUGUUACAAUGGCAGAGUGUCUGUGACCUUGGAUCUCUUCAAGGAGUUGAUAAGAGAAGGAAUGCCACCGGAUCGAAUAACAUUUGCGGCAGUUCUACUAGCAUGCAACUAUGGGAGUAUGGUUGAUGAAGGAAUUAAGAUAUUUUCUCUAAUGGAGAUGGAAUUCGGAGUAAAACCAGAGGAAGAACACUAUUCAUAUGUUGUAGAGAUCUUAUGUAGAGCUGGUAAGGUCAAAGAAGCCAUUGACAUUGUGGAAAAAAUGUCGUGUGGAACCACCCCUGACAUUUGGAGGUCAAUUAUUUCUGCGUGUGCAAGAUAUGGAGACUUGCAAGCUACUGAAAUAGUUGCAACUAAAAUAAUGGAGAGCUCACCACAGACAUCCUUACCGUACUUGGUGUUGGCUCAGGUAUAUCAGAUCAGUGGCCGUUGGGAGAGCACAGUUCGAGUGAGGAAGGCUCUGGGAAAUAGAGGUAGUAAAGAGCUCAUUGGAUACAGUUGGGUGGGAAUAAAAAACCAUGUAUAUACUUUUGGAUCAAACCAAUUACAGCAUUAUGGUGGCAAAGAUAUUUAUCUGCUACUCAAUUUACUGGUCUGGGAGAUAGAGACUGAUUUUAAUGUCUAAAAAUUGUGUGCAGUUGGAGGGGAAUAUGGAUAUUUGAAUUGAAGUGGGUUACAAUUUACAAACUCUGAUUCUGAAUUCUGGGCGAUCAUAUAAUUGGAGUUACAAGCUAGGAUUAGUAAUGCUGGAAACGGGAUGAAAAUGAAGCAGAUACAAAAUAAAGAUUACAUAAAUUUUUUUAUAAGCAAACAUUAGUAUAUAACUUGUUAGGGAAAUGAGGAAACUUUAGUAGCAGAUAUCAUACUUUGAAGUUUGAACCUCCUUCGUAAUGGUUUUUGGAAGCCUCAACUUGAACAAUUGGAUUAAUCAUUCUGAUACAUCAACUUUUUUACAAUAGAAGCACUUAAUUAACACAUUAGAUGUAUUUGUACUGUGAAAUUGCUAAUUACAAUUAUGCUCAUAUCAGUUUAAUUGUGUCUUA